AUGGCGGACGUCAAAGUUGACAGUUCUGACUCGGACCAGGAUCCGAAGAAGAAGCGCGCCAAGAACUCCAGGAACACAAAGGCAAUCCAUAGCGCUUCUGAUCAGUCUUCCGACGAAGAAGUUGCGCCACCACCGAAGAAGGCGGCUCGUGGAAGACCGAGGAAAAGCGUGACUCGUCAUGACAGUGACUCUGAUGAGGAGCAGCGUCGUCCCGUCAGCGAUAAGAAGAAAAUGGAAAGGAAUGUCCUCAACGAUUUGGUGAAGAAGCGCAAUGCCAAGCUGAAGCGCGACGAAACGCACGCUCGCGAUGAAGCAGGAUGGGAUUCAGACACCAGUGUCAAAUCCACCCGAACGUCUUCCUCAAAGAAGAAUGAAGAUAAUGAGAAUUGCGGUCCAAAGCCUUCUGAGAGUUCCAAGUCCAAGGCCUCACGCCGUUCAUCUUCUGAGUCAUCAACGAACACUCGUGCUCGCAGUCCUACUCCAGAGGAGGAAGAGCAAGGCACUCCGAUUGAGAAAAAGGCGGACAUUAUGAAGGCUUUGCUCACCCGCUCUACCCUGCUUAAGCUGCUAAAAACACCGUUCUUCGCCACGACCGUGAAGGACUGUUUGGUCCGUGUUAACGUUGAAUUGCCGAUGAGCAUCAAUGGGGUUCGAACCAAGGUGGGCAUCGUUUUGGACGACCUGGAGACGGAGACCGCCUACCCUGUUCGAGGUCAGCAAAUAAACAAGGUACUCCGCGUGCAAUUCGCUAAGGUGGUGAAUUAUGUCAGAUUUGACAUCAUCUCCGAUAGACCGGUCACCGACGUCGAAUUUCUGGAAUGGAAAACCAUUCUGGAGAAAUCGAAUCUGGAUCUACCGAACAUCGAACAAGUAGCGAGAAAAGGCAAGGAGAUCAAGGACGCCUUGUGCCACAUAUUCACCGAUACGGAGGUGGAACAGAUGAUCAAGGAGCGUCGUCGGUUCGAGCAGAAGACUGGCAAAUUCGCCACCGAAAAACGUUGGCUGAUGAACCAAAAGGAAGCACUCACUAAACAAGCUGCCCAGCUUCUCGAAAGAGCUCGCCAAAUAGAGCUUCAACUCGAGCGCCUUGAAUCGCCGAAUGAUGAAUCGGAAGAGCCGGAAGGGGUCCAGGGACGAGGAAUACAAGCGGCUGCGACAAGCCAAGCCGAC